GGAGCGCGCACGCCGCAGACAGGGGCGCGCCCGUUAGAUUGUGCAGGGGUAAGGCGCGUGCCCGCGGCCGAGGCUAAGGCUUUUUCUACUGCCCCGUAGUGGCUGCAGAGCUCAGUACAGCAGGAAAGAAGGACAAGUUAAAAUGUCUCCUGAAGUUGCUUUGAACAGAAUUUCACCGGCACUCUCUCCUUUCAUUUCCAAUGUGGUCAGAAAUGGAAAAGUAGGAUUGGAUGCUACUAACUGUCUAAGAAUUACAGACCUGAAAUCUGGCUGUACCUCUUUGACGCCUGGACCCAGCUGUGAUCGGUUUAAGUUGCAUAUCCCAUAUGCUGGAGAAACACUCAAAUGGGAUAUAAUUUUCAAUGCCCACUACCCAGAGCUGCCACCAGAUUUUAUCUUUGGAGAGGAUGCUGAAUUCCUGCCAGAUCCCUCUGCCUUGCAUAAUUUAGCCUCCUGGAAUCCCUCAAAUCCUGAAUGUCUCCUGCUUGUUGUGAAAGAGCUCGUCCAGCAGUAUCACCAAUUCCAGUGCAGCCGAUUACGGGAGAGCUCUCGCCUCAUGUUUGAAUACCAGACUUUACUUGAAGAACCCCAAUAUGGAGAGAACAUGGAAAUUUAUGCUGGCAAGAAAAACAACUGGACUGGUGAAUUCUCAGCUCGCUUCCUUUUGAAGUUACCUGUGGAUUUCAGCAAUAUUCCCACAUACCUUCUCAAGGAUGUGAAUGAAGAUCCAGGAGAGGAUGUUGCUCUUCUCUCAGUCAGUUUUGAAGAUACAGAAGCUGCUCAGGUUUUCCCCAAGCUAUAUCUGUCCCCACGUAUUGAACAUGCUCUUGGAGGCUCCUCUGCCCUUCACAUCCCAGCCUUUCCAGGUGGAGGCUGUCUCAUUGACUAUGUACCGCAGGUAUGCCAGCUGCUGACUAACAAGGUACAAUAUGUUAUUCAGGGAUACCAUAAGAGAAGGGAGUAUAUUGCCGCUUUUCUGAGUCACUUUGGAACUGGUGUGGUGGAAUAUGAUGCAGAGGGCUUCACAAAGCUCACACUGUUACUGAUGUGGAAAGAUUUUUGCUUCCUUGUUCACAUUGACCUACCUCUGUACUUUCCUCGAGACCAGCCAACUCUAACAUUUCAAUCAGUCUAUCACUUCACUAACAGUGGACAGCUGUAUUCCCAGGCCCAGAAAAACUACCCUUACAGCCCACGCUGGGAUGGCAAUGAGAUGGCCAAGAGAGCAAAAACAAGUUGCAGCAGGAACAGAAAAAUACAAAGAUCUAGAGCAACUUGUGGGUGUUUUGCAACAGCAGUUCAUUUGGGAUGGAGAGGUGCAAACUGAUUUUCAUCAUUUGGCACAUGAAAAUUUCAGCUAGAGUGAAGUUACUUAUAAGUAAAUAGUGUUCUCUGAAGGAAUCAGAGCAAAUUCGGAGGUAAUGUCUAUGAAGGUGUGAUUUAGUUUUUGUGGCUCUGAUUCUCAGAUGCAUCCAAUAAUCACUAGCUGCAGCUGGGAGUGGGGCGGGGAGUGUGUAGUCCUGGGCCGAGUCCUCAGCAUAAUUUGCAGCAGCCUCAAUGCUACCUUAGAGGGCAUUACCUUGUAACCCCAAGGGGCUAUUCAGGCAGUUGGGGAUUGCCAGAGCCCAUGGGUGCCACAUUUCUUUAGCAUGAGCCAUGAGAAGAUGACACAGAGCUCCCUCACUUUCCAGGGAUCCCCAUUGUUAGAGGGGAAAACACCCUCCAGUCAGAUACAGCAGGUUUAAAUAGGAUUUGCAACAGGAACACCUCAGUUACUGGCAGAUAACCCACCUUUCUCCGUUAGGCCUUAUCAUGAGCUAAUUCAGUUUAAACUAAAUCGAAGGAUGAACAAAAAUAGAUCUGUGACUAGGGUUUUUUAUUUCAAAAGGGCUAACUUUAAAGAAUUAAGGAAAUUAGUUAGGGAAGUGGAUUGGACUGAAGAGCUUGUGUAUCUAAAGGUGGAGGAGGCCUGGAAUUAGUUCGUCAAAGUUGCAGAAACUAUGAGAAGCCUGCAUCCCAAGAAAGGGGAAAAAAUUCAUAGGCAGGAGUUGUAGACCAAGCUGGAUGAGCAAGCAUCUCAGAGAGGUGAUUAAGAAAAAGCAGAAAGCCUACAGGGAGUGGAAGAUGGGAGUGAUCAACAAGGAAAGCUACUUUAUUGAGGUCAGAACAUGUAGGGAUAAAGUGAGAAAGGCCAAAAGCCAUGUAGAGUUGGACUUUUCAAAGGGAAUUCAAACCAAUAGAAAAAUGUUCUAUAAGCCAUAUAAAUAAGAAGAAAACAAAGAAAGAAGUGGGACCACUAAACACUGAGGAUGGAGUGGAGGUCAAGGAUAAUCUAGACAUGGCCCAAUAUCUAAACAAAUACUUUGCCUCAGUCUUUAAUGAGGCUAAUGGGGAGCUUAGGGAUAAUGGUAGGGUGACAAAUGGGAAUGAGGAUAUAGAGGUAGAUAUUACCACAUCUGAGGUAGAAGCCAAAUUCGAACAGCUUAUAAAAUAUAUAGAGAUAUACACCUAUCUCAUAGAAUUGGAAGGAACUCUGAAAAGUCAUUGAGUCCAGCCCCCUGCCUUCACUAGCAGGACCAAGAUUUUGCCCCAGAUCCCUAAGUGGCCCCCUCAAGGAUUGAACUCACAACCUUGGGUUUAGCAGGCCAGUGCUCAAACCACUGAGCUAUUCCUCCCCCCUUAAUGGGACUAAAUCAGGGGGCCCAGAUAAUCUUCAUCAAAGACUGUUAAAGGAACUGGCACAAUUGCAAGCCCAUUAGCAAGAAUUUUUUAUGAAUCUGUAAACUCAGGGCUUGUGCCCUAUGACUGGAGAGUUGAUAACAUAGUUCCUGCCUUUAAGAAAGGGAAAAAAGGUGAUCCGGGCAACUACAGGCCUGUUAGUCUGACAUCUGUAGUAUGCAAGGUCUUGGAAAAUUUUUUGAAGGAGAAAGUCGUUAAGGACAUUGAAGUCAAUGGUAAUUGGAACAAAUUACAACAUGGUUUUACAAAAGGUAGAUCAUGCCAAACCAACCUGAUCUCCUCCUUUGAGAAGGUAACAGAUUUUUUAGACAAAGGAAACGCGGUGGAUCUAAUUUACCUUGAUUUCAGUAAGGCAUUUGAUACGGUUCCACAUGGGGACUUAUUAGCUAAAUUGGAAAAGAUGAGGAUCAAUAUGAAAAUUGAAAGGUGGAUAAGGAACUGGUUAAAGGGAAGACUACAACGAGUCAUACUGAAAGGUGAACUGUCAGGCUGGAGGGAGGUUACUAGUGGAGUUCUUCAGGUAUCAGUUUGGGAGCCAAUCUUAUUUAAUCUUUUUAUUGUUGACCUUGGCACAAAAAGUGGGAAUGUGCUAAUAAAAUUUGAAGAUAACACAAAGCUGGAAGAUCUUGCCAAUACAGAGAAGGACCGGAAUUUCAUACAGGAAGAUCUGGAUGACCUUGUAAACUGGAGUAAUAGUAAUAGGAUGAAAUUUAAUAGUGAAAAGUGCAAGGUCAUGCAUCUGGGGAUUAAUAACAAGAAUUUUUGUUAUAAACUGGGGACGCAUCAGUUGGAAGUAACAGAGGAGGAGAAGGACCUUGGAGUAUUGGUUGAUCACAGGAUGACUAUGAGCCGCCAAUGUGAUCUGGCCAUGAAAAAAGCUAAUCGGUCUUGGGAUGCAUCAGGUGAGUUAUUUCCAGUAGAGAUAAGGAAGUGUUAGUACAAUUAUACAAGGCACUGUUGAGACCUCAUCUAGAAUACUGUGUGCAGUUCUGGUCUCCCAUGUUUAAGAAGGAUGAAUUCAAACUGGAACAGGUACAGAGAAGGGCUACAAGGAUGAUCCAAGGAAUGGAAAAUCUGUCUUAUGAAAGGAGACUCAAAGACCUUGGCUUGUUUAGUCUAACCAAAAGAAGGCUGAGGGGAGCUAUGAUUGUACGAAUAUAUCAGAGGAAUAAAUACCAGGGAGGGAGAGGAAUUAUUUAAGCUCAGUACCAAUGUGGACACAAGAACAAAUGGAUAUAAACUGGCCAUCAGGAAGUUUAGACUUGAAAUUAGACAAAGGUUUCUAACCAUCAGAGGAGUGAAGUUCUGGAACAGCCUUCCACGGGGAGUAGUGGGGGAAAAGACAAAUCUGACUUCAAGACUAAGCUUGAUAAGUUUAUGGAAG